CUGAAUGUGUGUAGAAGCAUCCAGUGCAAACAGACACCCGAACUCAACCCGAAACUCGCCCGAGACACAUUCAGUCCCAUCAGCACACUCCUCUUCUGUCCUUCUCUUCUUCAAGUGUCCAGAAUUAUUCUUCUUUAAAUAUAUAAUAUAUACACCUCAACACGUGACAUCUUAUUAUCAUAUGCAUUACUUGGGUUUAAAUGUAAACUACUGACAUGGGUGUGUUUGGUGUUUUAAUAUUUAAUAUACAGUCUUAUUUAAAUUAGUGAAAUUAUCUAAUGUAUUGUAAAAAUAAACUUUUGAAGUAGUAAUUAUAUAGUCAUGAUAUGGAACACGUAAUAUGUUUACUCUUUAAUAGGCCGUAGGACAUACCAUUACCGCGCGCCAGAGGGUUUUUAUUGUUUAUUAAACACAUUUAAUAACUAAUAAUUGUGUUUUCUGUCUGCUCACUUUAGUUGUGUAUGUUUACAAUAUUUUAAUCCCGUUGUGUCUAUAAAAGAAGGUGACUUUCAAUAAUGUUCUGGAUCAGACGCAAACCCCCCUCGUCGAAAGUGUUUUCCUGAAUCUCAGAUCCAUGAUUCCGGCUCGAUUGCGGUUCCUGGGGACCCUCGCGCAGCGCUGAGAUCAGCUGGAAAAUCGCGAGCACAUCGGAUUUAUUUUUUUUUAAACGCAUAUAUUUAUUGACGUUUUUCAAACGCGUUCGCCUUCAUAACAACAACCGAUUCUCUACAUUCGUGAAUAGUGUUGUUGUGUCUGUUAUUGUAUAACGGACGGCAUAUUUGUCUUGUGCUCCUGUCAUUCACGUCAAUGCGGACUUGAGCCGGAAUUAUCAGACGCGAUUGAUUCGUUUUUUUCCUUUUCUCGAGCGAUAUGUGUUUUAAGAGUCGUGUUUGUAUGUGAUCGGUACCGCAGUGCGCGACUGCAGGCCUGAAGUCUGACGAAAUGAUCGAGCGCGUGUGUCCGAUUCGGUCCUCGUGACGUCACGCAGAUCCUUCUGCGCGUUUUGACAGAUGUAACGUGAUUACACGCGUUAGUUUUACGUUACUCGGGUUUCGUAGGUUUUGGUGUCGCUGAUUCUGUUACUUUGAGACACGGUAUGGACCUAAAUUUUUACUCUGAUCUAUCAGACGGAACCGGGCAGCCCGGUGACCCGGAAUUCUUGGACCCCCAGGCGUUUAACGGAUUUGAUGCCGUUCAGAAGUUCCCAGGAGGCAAUGACAACUACCUGGCCAUCAGCGGCGAGGGGCAUCACUUCCUGUCCUCCUCAGAGGUACAGCUCUCCUCCACGUUCCCCGCUCAAAUCCAUCACGCAGAGACGUUUCACACACCCAGUUUGGGCGACGAGGAGUUCGAGAUCCCUCCGAUCUCCCUCGACCCGGACUCCGCGCUCGGCGUCUCUGAUGUCGUCUCUCACUUCGGAGAGCUGGGCGACGGCGGGCCGUCCUCCAGUGUUCCCGGGAACGCCGUGGUUGGAGGGAACGACCCCUCGUUCGCCUCGACCUUCGUGAACACGCCCUCGCAGGGCCUGGAGCACCUGAGCCUGAUGAGCCAGCAGGGCGGCGGGCCGAUGCUGGGCUCCACGCUGGGGAUGGAUCUCAGCCAUCCCAUCGGUUCACAGUUCAGUAGCUCUUCUCCGAUGACCAUUGACGUCCCUCUGAGCGACAUGAACCACGGCCUGUUGGGGCACAACCAGCUGACCACUAUUGACCAGUCAGAGCUCAGCGCACAGCUCGGCCUGAGUCUAGGUGGCGGCACCAUCCUGCCCCGCCCACAGUCACCUGACCAGCCGCUGUCCGCCACCGACUCGCCGUCUGACUCGCUGCACGACGACGACAUGGACGAUUUCAGACGGAAGAGCGUGCUGGUGGAUUCUCCAGUGUCUCUGUCCGUGUCUCCGGGCGUCAUCGCUCUCUCGCCAUCUCUGUCGGACCAGCCCGCCGUCCCAGCGUCCUCCUCUACUCCCGUACGGAAAGGAGUCGGCGGAAAAAAGGGCAAGAAGAAGAAAGACCCGAACGAGCCGCAGAAGCCCGUGUCGGCGUACGCGCUGUUCUUCAGGGACACGCAGGCCGCCAUCAAGGGUCAGAAUCCCAACGCCACCUUUGGAGAAGUUUCAAAGAUCGUGGCCUCCAUGUGGGAUAGUUUGGGAGAAGAGCAGAAACAGGUGUACAAGAGGAAGACGGAAGCAGCCAGGAAGGAGUAUCUGAAGGCGCUGGCCGCUUAUAAAGCCAAUCAGCUGUCGCAGCAGCCGACUAUUGAAGUGUUAGACGCCCCGCCGUCUCCUCCUCCUCCAGCCGCCGUCGCCCCGCCUCCCGAACCCACGCCAGUCGCCGCCCCGACGCGCUCGUCCCGCAUUCCCGUACACGCGCCCGACAACAACACCAUCACCAACAUCUGCACGUCCAAUAUCAUCUUAGACCUGCCACAGGUGACGACACGCUCGCGCACGGGCGCGCACAAACCCCCGGCCCCGCCUCCGGCCCCGCCCACCGUCAGCAAGAUCGUGAUAUCCAAGCAGCAGCUGCAGUCGCCUCGGCAGCCUCCGCCCCUCCAGCAGAUGCAGAACACGCCUCCACCGCCGCGGCUGCAGCAGAUGGUACAUUCCCCGGCUCCGCCCCCCCUGCAGGCCAAACCGCGCGGAGCUGCCGCCGCGGGACAAGUGGUCGCCACGGCGCCGCCGCCGCCUCUGCAGAUCAAGAUCGUCCCCGCCCCCGCGCAGGCCGACGCCAGCGCUCCGAUAAUCGUGACGACAACUGGGGCGCCUCUCGCAUCAUCGGCCGCCUCUGCGGUGGAGGUGCCACAGCCCGCGGCCAUCGUCACGACCCUGUCGCCGUCGGCAACGGAGGACGUGGCUGAAGAAGGGAUGGAGGUGGAGCUGAACGUUUCUCCGGCUCCAGCCGCGACUCCUGCAGACGCUCCCAGUGUGUGUGUCCGCGCCGGCUGCAACAACCCGCCUAUAGAGAGCAAAGACUGGGACCGAGAGUACUGCAGCAACGAGUGUGUGGCUACACACUGCAGGGACGUGUUCAUGGCCUGGUGUGCGAUCAGAGGACACAACUCCACCACUGUCACAUAGACGGACGGACGCUUGUGUUCGUGAACAUCCACACCAGUAUCAGACAUCAUCAGAUCAGUGCAGAUCCACAGACUGACACACAGAAUCUUGGGAUUUAUGAAAAAAAAGUAGUUUAGGAAUGAAAAUAAGAAUAUUUAAAAUGUAUUAAAUAAGGUAACCGUGUAUCUGAAGGUGCGACUGUGGAGUUUGGUGUCAAAGUGGAAGAUGGAGGCAAAUUUUACACGUGUGUGAGUGUGUGUGUGUGUGUGGGCCAGAAACAGUUUACGCAAACAUGUACGUGGUUAUGACACGUUACGGUUUGUGUUUGCGUAGAGGAUGUUUCUGCACACAAUUCUUAAGCUAAUAAUGAACAGACUGUUUUAAAACCAUGACGUCAUUUUCUCGAUUGGAUUUUGAACGAGGGUUUGACCUUACGGCUCUUACAAACAUUGACCGCAGUAGCUACGGUUUAUGCCCGGAAUUCCAUGGUUACUGGAAUUCCAUGGUUGCUAUGGUUACAGUAGAGCUCUGGUAACUUGAGCAUUACAUCAUCAAAAGAUGACAAACGUUCUGAAAUCUGUUUUAGAAGCUCUAAUUUAUUGUGAUUUUUGUUAUAGUAAUUAUUGUAGAAACUUUACAUUGAUGCAUUUGGCAAACGCUUUUAUCCAGUGCGUUUAUUAGUUCAUGCAUUCCCUGGGAAUCGAUCCCGUGAUCUUGGCGUUAGGAAUGGGGGAAAAAAAAAAAAAAAAUGGGAAAUGAUGGUUUAUUAUAGUACAUUUU